AUGAAUUGGGAGAAGUAUAUUCCGAUUGACAGGCAACUUGGCUUGUCGGGUAACGAACUGAAGGAGUGGAUUGAAGAGCAGCAGAAAAAAGAGCGUGACAGACGAGCUGAGGAUAGGGACGCAUCGCGAAUAGCGCACGAACAGGAGAUUGCUCGUCUGGCGGUGGAACAAAGUCUGCUGGAGGCUAAGUGUCGUCUUGCUGAGCGCACGGCUGGGACGGUUGGAACCGGUGGAGAGAGCCUAGAAGCCAGCAGCGAAGCGUUCAGGAGCCCCCACAAGCUUAUUCCUCCCUACAAUGAGGGCCACGACGAACUCGACGCGUACAUUCAGCGCUUCGAGCGGGUAGCCAUGAGUCAGGGAUGGCCAGGUGACAGAAUAAAUAAGGGCGAUAUUGGCACACAACCAAACAAGCCACCGCCGGACGACAGCGUACCCCCACAGACCAACGGUCUAAGCGAGCGGCUAAACAAGGCAAUCGACGACAUGCUAACCAUGUACGUCGACGUAGAAUACAAGGCGUGGGAGGCCAUCCUUCCAUACGUGACCAUCGCAUACAACAUGGUGGUGCAGGAGAUGAGCAAAUGUCGCCAUUCAAGUUGGAAGAAAAAGGCCACCAGAAAAUUUGAAGAGGAAGCCGAUCCCGCUUCAUUUUUGCAGCUGUUCAAGUACUCCUCGUUCAAAGACCGCAGCUUCACGGCCAUCGGCUGCGUGGUCGCCAUAGUGACCGGCUUCUCCAUGCCGACCCUAAUUGUGCUCAUGGGCCACCUACUGCGCAAGUUCGUCAUUUUCCAGUCGGUCGCCAGCGAACUCUGCGGGAACCAAAGGCUGACGAUCGGGCGCUUCCAGAGCGAGGCGAUGGAGAUCGCGGGCCGCAUGGCACUCGUGGGCUUGGCGAUGCUCCUCAGCAACGUCGUCAUCAUCGGCAGCCUUGGCAUAUCGGCCACCAAGCAGUCGUCUCGCAUACGCUACUACUUCAUGCGCGCCAUGCUCCACCAGGAGGUCGGCUGGUACGACACCCACAUCAGCGGAGACGUCGCAGGCCGCAUCACCUCGGACUUCGAGAAGAUCCACGAUGGGCUGGGUGAAAAGAUUGGCAUGUGCCUGUUCUUUCUAUCGACCGCCCUGGCUUCGCUCAUCUCGGCUUUUUGGCAUGGCUGGCAGCUGACACUCGCAUUGCUCGCGCUCGUGCCCUGCCUCGUGCUCCUCACCACCGUAAUUGCCAAGACCCAGAGCAAGCUGGAAGCCGAGGAAUCCACCGAGUAUCGCUUCGCGGGAGCCGUGGCUUUGGAAGCGAUCACUUUCAUAAAGACCGUGAUCGCCUAUGGCGGACAGCACAAGGAGAUGACGCGCUACUCAGAUGGUUUGGAUAGGGCCACGCAAACUGGUUUCCGCAAGGGUCUGGUCGCCAGUGUCGGCGUGUCCGUCAUCUGGGCCUCAAUCUUCGCCAACUAUGCUCUCGGCUUCUGGUACGGCAUCAAUCUUAUAGUAGCAGACUUCGAGAUGCCACCCGGACAGAGGCAGUACGAUACGAGCACGCUUAUAAUUGUGUUCUUCAGCGUGCUCAUGUUCUCCAUGAGUUUGGGACAAGCGACGCCAUACUUUCACGCUUUCGCCAAUGCGAAACGUGCAGCCGGCAAAGUCUAUCAAGUUAUCGACAGGAAACCGGCCAUCGACAGCAGGUCUACCGAAGGGAUCAAGCCGAUGGAGUUUGAAGGCGCCAUCCAAUUCAACGAGGUCACAUUCUCCUACCCUUCCCUCCCCACCACCGACACACCGGCACUGCACAACUUCUCGAUGUCCAUCGAUCCGGGAGAGACGGUCGCGGUUAUCGGGAGGCAGAAGUGCGGCAAGAGCACCAUCAUUAGCCUCAUGCAGAGAUUCUACGACGUCACUGGUGGACAGAUCCUGGUGGAUCAGAAAGAUAUACGCUCCUACAACAUAGGCUGGCUGCGAGGGCAGAUGGGCGUGGUGGGUCAGCGGCCCGUCCUGUUCGAUGCCACGGUGUCCGAAAACAUCCGUCUUGGCCUGGGCACCGCCACGCAGCACGACAUCGAACAAGCCGCCAUCGCAGCCAACGCGCACCACUUUGUGCUCAAGCUGCCCAAGAAAUACGACACUCUUGUGGGCCCCCACGGUCAUCCCUUGAACUCGAGCGAGACGCAGCGGUUGGGCAUCGCGCGUGCCAUGGUACGCAACCCACGCAUAUUCCUGCUCGACGACCAGCCGAGCACACUGGACUCCGAGGCGGACAUGGCGGUGCAGGUGGCCCUGGACAAAGCUCGCGCAGGGCGCACGGCGCUCAUAAUGGCCCAGCGGUUAUCCACGAUUCGCUGUGCCGACCGCGUGAUUGUGAUGCGAGCGGGACGCGUGGUGGACAUUGGCAGUCACACCGAGCUCAUCAAAAAGGGCUCGGCACCCUACAUCGACAUUAUCACCACUCAGGUUACUGAUAAAGCUAAUGUUGAUGGCAAAGUUGUGCAGGUACCUGUGCAGAUGACCCCACAAAAGGACGACGGCGGGACGCAGACUCCGCCCCAGAAUCGAAUGACGAUGCGCCGGGUUCGCACGCUGUCCUUCUCGCAGCUGCGGCAGCCCUUUAUACUCAAGAACUUGCAGCACGGUGAUUCUGGUCGUGACAGUGCUGACCGUCUGACGGGAGCUGCUGCAGCAGCGAGUGACCGCAAGAAGAUGGAUGGUGGCGACGCUGCGUUGACCGGAGCCCGAUCACCCGAGCCGGGCAAGGAGUGCGAUUCGCUGAGCGUCCAACUCCGUGAACUGACGAGACCCGAGCGGAGGUACAUGGUCGCCGGAUGCAUCUGCUCGCUCUUCAUGGGCCUUUGCAUACCCGUGUACGCCAUCUUCCUCGGAGACAUGUUCCAGGUACUUCCGCUGCACUCGACAUUCGUGGCAGCAGCGGAGAUGAUCAAGUCCACAACCAUGUUCUACUGCUUCCUCUUCCUUGUCGUUGGUGUCGUCACUGGACUCUUGGCUUUCGUCCAAACGUUCACCUUUUCGGUGGUCGGCGAGAACCUGACUCGGAGGCUGCGCAGCAUGACCUUCUCGGCCAUGAUGAAGCAGGACCUGGCCUGGUACGAGGAGCUGGAGAACACGCCCAAUGCUCUCCUCGGUUCCUUGUCAACGGACACGGCUCGAGUUCACGGAGGCACGUGCAGCAAGCUGACGUCAAUGUGCCAGGCGUUCUCGGCGCUGGUUGCGUGCUUGGUGAUGUCCUUCUACUGGGACUGGCACCUCGGCUUCAUCGUACUCGCCUUUGUGCCACUGGUGCUGCUCUCGACGUACCUGGAGAGCCGCAUGCUGCGAGGGAAGCUCAUCUCCUCCAAGCAGGCCCUGGAAUACUCCACCAAGGUUGCUGCCGAAGCUAUCCAAAACAUUCGCACGGUGGCCUCACUGCACCAGGAAGAGGUAUUCUGCGCCAACUACAUGCUGUCGCUAGCAGAGCCGCAAAGGAUCAUGAAGCGCAAGGCGAUCGUACGUGGAUUCACAUUUGGCGUGGCGCAGUGCAUCCCGUCAAUGGCGUACGCGACGUCGCUUCUAUACGGCAGCCUCCUUGUUGGACAGUGCGACCUCCAGUUCGGUAACCUGCUCAAGGUUGUGGAAGGCGUGAUCCUGGGCACGGCCAUAGUGGGUCAGGCGGUCUCCUACUCACCCGACUUCCACAAAUCCAAGCUCGCCGCGCAGAAGUUAUUCCGACUCAUCAAUCGCGUGCCGACCGUCGACUUCUGCGACCGGAGCGGAAUCACCAUGGACACGGUGCGCGGCUUCCUGACCUUGAACGAGGUUAGCUUCACGUACGCGGGUGAGCAAGACUCCAAGGCCCUGGACCGCGUGACCUUCUCCGUGGAGCCCGGUCAGCGGGUUGCCAUCGUCGGCACCGUCGGCUCGGGGCGCACCACGGCCAUCUACCUCGUCGAGCGCUUCUACGACAUUGCCGACGGCGAGAUCCUGAUUGACCACAUCUCGACCAAGAUGAUGCGGUUGUCGUGGAUGCGUGAGCAGCUGGGCUACGUGAGCUCAGAGACGCUGCUGCGUAGCUACAACCUGUUUGAGAACAUCGCGUACGGCGAUAACAGCCGCGAUGUGUCUCGUGAGGAGGUCGUGUCAGCUGCACGGCGGGCCAACGCACACGACUUCAUCACGCAGCUGCCUCACGGCUACGACACGGUCCUUCCGUCUUCGGGAGCGCCGGAUCUGCUCACCGAGAGCCAGGCCAAGCGCGUGGCCCUUGCCAGGGCUUUGGUGCGAGACCCACGCAUCCUGUUGAUCGACGAUGCCUUUAAGGGCCUGGACGUUGAUAAUGAGCGCGUGGUGCAAAACGCCAUUACGGAAGCGAGUAAAGGCCGCACGUGCGUCAUCGUAACGUCGAAGUUGUCCGCUAUCAAGGACGUCGACCGCAUCUUCGUUAUGCAGCGUGGCAAAGUGGUCGAGAAGGGCUCGCACGCGGAGUUGAUGCGCCGAGAGGGCGUCUACCACAAGCUCUUCACCGAAGAAGGAGCUGAGCAGUCAACUACUUGA